GUGUGUUGCAGAGAUGGAAGGAUUUAAAGGUUUCAAGGUCGCGGAUAGUCGCAAGAGAGCAGCAAUUGAAGACGAGCUAGAUGCGGAAAUGUUUCUGCAGAGGAAGAGAAUCAGCCAGAAAAAUACAGACGGCGAAGAAGACUACUUUAAUGAUGAUGAUGAUCAGCAAACAGGGACAGGAGAGAAGAAUUCUGGUGCUGAUGACAGCGACGAAGAAGAUCCACUGGAUGCAUUUAUGGCACAGAUGGAAGCUGGUGAAAAGAAAAAGAAUGAGAAGAAACGUGAGAAGCAACAGAAGCAGGAACAAAAAGCACAGCGGCAAGACAUAGAGGAUGAAGAUGAUCAGGAGUCGUACUUUAAAUAUGUGGAGACAGCAAUGGUUCCCUAUGCUGACGAUGAAGAAGCAGAGGAUGUAGAGUAUGAUAUGGAUGGUAACCCAAUAUACAGAAGACCAAGAAUUAUUGAACCUCUUUCACCAAUUGACCACUCAGAGAUCGAUUAUCAAGAGUUUGAGAAGUGUUUUUAUGCAGAGCAUGAGGAGAUCACAGCUUUGUCUAUACAUCAAAUGCUUGACAUUAGGAAGAAACUUAGCAUCAAGGUAAAUGGAGCAGACCCUAAGAAACCAUGCAUUAGUUUUGCACAUUUUGGAUUUGAUGACAACUUGAUGAAAGCCAUUAGAAAAUCGGAAUUUACAACUCCAACACCUAUACAAGCUCAGGCCAUUCCUAUUGCAUUAUCUGGUCGUGAUGUUAUUGGGAUUGCAAAAACAGGAUCAGGAAAGACAGUGGCAUACCUCUGGCCAUUGCUAGUGCACAUUAUGGAUCAACCGGAAAUCAAGGAGGGAGAUGGUCCCAUUGGUUUGAUUUGUGCUCCAACACGAGAGCUGUGUCAACAAAUCUUUUUUGAAGCAAAGAAAUAUGGGAAGGCAUAUGGACUAAGGGCGUGUGCAGUUUAUGGUGGAGGCAGCAAGUGGGAACAGACAAAAGCCUUGAAGGAGUGGCCUGAGAUUGUUGUAGCUACACCUGGUCGACUAAUUGAUCAUGUGAAAUCAAAAACAACUGAUCUGAAACGAGUUACGUAUCUUGUCUUCGAUGAAGCAGAUCGAAUGUUUGAUAUGGGCUUUGAACCGCAAGUGAGAUCUAUUGCUAAUCACGUCAGACCAGAUAGACAAACAAUGCUAUUCAGUGCGACAUUCAAAAAGAAAGUUGAACGUCUUGCUCGUGAUGCACUCACUGAUCCAAUUCGUGUUGUGAUUGGAGAGUUAGGAGAAGCAAGUGAGGAUGUCACUCAACAUGUUCACAUAUUUGCUACUCGAGAGGAGAAGUGGCCGUGGGUUAAGAAGAAUCUUGUUCAGUAUUUAUCAAGUGGAAGCGUCCUCAUUUUUGUGACAAAGAAAGCAGAUUCAGAAACCCUAGCUGCCAGUCUAAGAAGCAAUGACUUUGAACUUGGUCUUCUGCAUGGAGACAUGGAUCAGAACUCUCGAGAUGAGAUAAUCACAAAGUUCAGGCGGAAACAGUUAGCCAUUCUUGUUGCUACAGACGUGGCUUCUCGUGGACUUGACAUUCAGCAUAUCAAAACUGUCAUUAAUUAUGACAUUGCGAGAGACAUCACAACACAUACACACAGAAUUGGUCGAACAGGACGAGCAGGAGAGAAAGGUGUUGCACAUACAUUACUGACCAACAAAGACGUACACUUUGCAGGAGAUCUUGUGAGAAAUAUGGAACAAGCUAAUCAAGCUGUUCCCAGCUCUCUAUUAGACUUGGCAAUGCAGAAUCCUAGGUUCAAGAAGACUCGCUUCAACCGAGGAGGUGGUGGAGGGAGACGCGCAGGCAUAGGGAGAGGGAGAGGAGGGCCAGGUCUUGGGUACAGUUCAUCUGCAUCAUCUGCUGGUGGACGUGCAAGACCUGGAUUUGUUGGAUUUUCCCAGGGAGAAAACUUGAGUUCAAAAUCAUCUGGGACUUCUCCUGUCAAGAAGGCAACAGGAACUUCAGGAUAUGUGGCUUUCUCCAAGGGUGACAGUCUUUCAAGUGUUGCUGGUACAAAGUCGUCUGACUCUGCAUCAUCUGCAGCCCCUGGUCCAAUGUCGGCAGGUGGAGGAAGAUCAGCUUUACUUAAAGCGGCAUUUGCAGCUAAAUAUUCACGUUUUCAACGCUCAUCAGACUCCACAUCAUCUCAAACAAUGAGCACAUCAGGAGAAGGAGCAGUCCCACCUCAGCAGCCAGCAAAACCCGAAGGAAAGAAACGACGCAGUCGAUGGGACUAACAUCAUUCCCUAUUGUUGUUAUACAGACAAUACUGUACACGCUAUUUGCAUUAAAGGUCUCUUUGACUGCUACAUACUAUUACUUUGCUAAUUCUGUGUAAAAGUCUCUUGCCAAGCUACUACAGCUAAGCCCUAGUAAAGCAGCAACAAUAUACAGAAGAAAGAAGAGAGGAAUAGCAUACAGAAAGAGUACCGUCUUCUUCAAGAAAGCCAAA